GAUCAUGCUGAGUACCAUGACCAUGCCAUCUUCCUCACAAGGCAAGAUUUUGGUCCCGCAGGUAUGCAAGGUUACGCCCCGGUGACAGGCAUGUGCCACCCUCUGAGGAGCUGCACUCUGAACCACGAGGACGGAUUCUCCUCGGCCUUCGUGGUGGCGCACGAGACCGGACAUGUGUUAGGUAUGGAACAUGACGGACAGGGGAAUCGUUGUUCUGACGAGACCAGCAUGGGGAGUAUCAUGGCACCGCUGGUCCAGGCAGCCUUCCAUCGCUACCACUGGUCACGCUGCAGUAAACAGGAACUGAACCGAUACAUCCACUCUUAUGACUGUCUCCUGGACAACCCUUUUGAACACAAGUGGCCCAAGCUUCCUGAGCUACCUGGGAUUAACUACUCCAUGGACGAGCAGUGUCGUUUUGAUUUCGGCGUGGGCUACAAGAUGUGCACCGCUUUCCGGACCUACGAUCCCUGCAAGCAGCUGUGGUGUAGUCACCCUGACAACCAGUACUUUUGUAAGACCAAGAAGGGUCCUCCGGUGGAUGGGACAGAGUGUGCACCGUCGAAGAACCACACAUAA